UCCCUUUCCCCUUCCCUUCCCUUUGAAGCCACCCUCCUCCUACCUUCCUCCUCCUCCUCCUCCUCCUGGGCUCCACCCAAGAGCAAACCCUCUCCUUGCUCUUGGCUCAGACUCCUCUGCUUUGCGCCUGACUCUCUCUCAGCAGCUGCUCUCUUCACUUCUCUUCAGCUGGGCAUCAGGGGCCCAGCAGUUACACCGUGGGCACCAUGUCGGAGCGCUUCGACUGCCACUACUGCCGUGAGAACUUGCACGGGAAGAAAUAUGUGCAGAAGGAAGGCCGCCACUGCUGCGUCAAGUGCUUUGAGAAGUUCUGCGCCAACACCUGUGCCGAGUGUCGGAAACCCAUUGGAGCGGAUACCAAGGAGCUGCAUUUCAAGAACCGCUACUGGCACGAGAAUUGUUUCCGCUGCUUCAAGUGCUACACAUCCCUGGUGAACGAGCCCUUCAUGCUGAAGGAGAACAACAAGGUCUGGUGCAACAAGUGCACCACCACUGAGGAUGCGCCCCGCUGCAAGGGCUGCCUGAAGCCCAUCGUGGCAGGUGACCAGAACGUGGAGUACAAGAAGACUGUCUGGCACAAGGACUGCUUCACCUGCGACCAGUGCAAGAAGGUGAUCGGCACGGCCAGCUUCUUCCCCAAAGGGGAUGAGAUCUACUGUGUCACCUGCCAUGAGCACAAAUUUGCUAAGACCUGUGUGAAGUGCAAGAAUGCCAUCACCUCCGGAGGAGUUGCCUACCAGGACCGCCCCUACCAUGCUGAGUGCUUUGUGUGCGCCACUUGCUCCAAGAAGCUGGGUGGGCAGCGCUUCACGGCUGUGGAGGACCUGUUCUACUGCGUGGAUUGCUACAAGAACUUUGUGGCCAAGAAAUGCAGCGGAUGCAAGAACCCCAUCACGGGCUUUGGGAAAGGCACCAACGUGGUCAGCCACGAAGGCCAGUCGUGGCAUGAAUACUGCUUCAACUGCAAGAAGUGCUCCAUCCCGCUGGCUAACAAGCCUUUUGUCUUCCAUGCCGAGCAGAUUUAUUGCCCUCCUUGUGCCAAGAAGCUGUAAAGAGGAGGAGGAGCAGCAGGAAGAAAAGCAAGCAACUGCCUUGCGGCCGAGUGGCUUUUGAGCCUUGUGCUUGGAUACAAGCGACCUAGCUGUCCGUUUCCCAUUGUUUGCUUUCUUAGGAGGGUAAGGCCCUCUCUUUACUCACUCCGCCCCCCGCUUCCCUUCUGCAGGUGAUAUUAAAUAAAAAUGCCACCCUAAGAGCUGCCGCUAACUCUGCUUCCUUGACAUCCUUGACGUCUUUAGGCUUCUGCUUCACAUAACCAAAUAUGCUUCUUGUGUUGGGGACGAAAUCCAACAAUAUGAGGGUGAACUCACAUGGCUGCUUGUCUUUCAUUUGUUGUGUAGUCACAUUAAACAAAGCCCUUGAACCGA